AUGGAGCCCCUUAACGAAGCAAACGGCUACAGCAGCAAGAACGCCUUCAAGGGGAGGCUGGUGUUCGGAGUGUACGGGAAGGAGUCUCCAAAGGCGGCCGAGAACUUCUUGCGCUACGUGCGGGCGGAUCGAUCGAACGGGGAGCCCUCUUACGCGUCGGGGCAGCUAACCAAGAUGGAGCCUGGCGUCUUCCUAGAGGGCGGAAAGAUUGCCGGUCUUAAUAUCAUCAACAUCGGGGGGCAAGAAGAGCUGGAGUACGGGGGGGAAGUCGUAGCCCCCCUCCCCUCCCUGCUGGAGGCGUCCUCGGGAGACCGGCCCCACGACCGGCGGGGUUUGCUAACGAGGGACAGGCUCUCGCGGGGGCCGGAGUUCGGGGUAACUCUGGGGGCGGCCCCGUCAUUGGACGGCAGCCACGAGGUCUUCGGCAGGCUGCUGCAGGGAGAAGAUGUGCUGGCGAGGCUAGAGAAAGUCCCGGUGUACGGCGGCCAAAGCAGACUAGAGGAGGGAAGUUUAGCGUCCGACGCGUUCAAGGCUCAAAACCGCGCCUUGGUGUAUAUUGGGAAGAACGUUUUCAGAGACGAACGUGCGGUGGACCGCACUGGCUCUCUUAUGCGAAGAGUGGACAUCCUCAGUUGCGGGAUGUUGUGA